GAUUUCGAGUUUAUCAGGACAUUGGCGCGUGGGCAGUUUGGCAUAGUGGAUAUUGUGCGCAACAAGCACAACAAGGGCGUAUAUGCAAUGAAGACAUUAAGUAAGCAUGCAUUGCUCACACAGCGCGAGCAAGCGGCGUUUUUGGAAGAGCGCGAUGUGCUGGUGCUGGGCAAGCACUCGCCGUGGAUUCCGGAUCUAUAUGCAGCGUUCCAGGACAAGGAGAGUCUGUAUCUGGUCAUGGAGUUUGUGGCCGGUGGCGAUCUGUUCAGCAUGCUCGACCGGUGCGACAACGCAGUGGUGGAUGAGGACGCGGCCCGGUUCUACGCAGCCGAACUUGUGCUGGCCAUCGAGGACCUGCACAAGCUCGGGUACGUGCACCGCGACUGCAAGCCGCAGAAUACACUGCUGGAUGAGCGCGGCCAUGUGAAGCUGGCCGACUUUGGCUCGUGCGCCCGCAUCGACGCGACCGGCGCCCACGAGGCGAAGAUGUCGGUCCCCGUGGGCACAUGCGACUACAUUGCCCCCGAGUCGCUGCAGGCGCGCGAGCACGGCGGCGGAGCGGUGGCCAGCGGCGCCUGCGACUGGUGGGCGCUGGGCACGGUCCUGUAUGAGAUGCUGUAUGGCGACCCGCCGUUCUACAGCGACUCAGUGCCCGAGACAUACGCCAAGAUCAUGGCCUGCGAGACGAAUCUGGCCUUCGACGAGUCUGCGCAAGUGUCCGAUGCUGCCAGGGACCUGAUGCGCCGGCUGCUGUGCCGCCCCGAGACGCGGCUGGGCAAUGCCGGAGCCCAGGAGAUCAAAUCGCACGCGUUCUUUGCCUCAAUCGACUGGGACAACAUCCGCCAGCAGGAUGCGCCAUUUGUGCCGCAUAUCAGCGCUCCCGACGACACGUCCAACUUUAGCGUCGGCGACGAGGACGACCAG